UAUAAACCAAAUCUCCCCACGUGACUUCCUUUCUGCUCUAAGCCGCCAUUAUGGACGCCAGUCGCGUGCAACCCAUCAAGCUCGCCAGAGUAACCAAAGUUCUGGGAAGAACUGGCUCCCAGGGCCAAUGUACCCAGGUUAAAGUUGAGUUCAUGGAUGACAGCAACCGAUCAAUCAUCCGCAACGUGAAGGGCCCGGUGAGAGAGGGUGAUGUGCUUACCCUGCUAGAAUCUGAGAGAGAAGCUAGGAGGCUGCGUUGAGGUGAGGUCUGAAGAUGGAAGAGAUUGAAACGCACUGCCCAUAGAGAAGACGUGGUUUCAAAAGCAAAUGUGUACAGUUUGACAAUAAAAGUGCUUUGAAAUUUA